UGUCCCCUGAAAAGCCAUGUGGGGCUGCCUGGUGGCCCUCGUGGGCCUGUUCUUCCUGGUGCGCUGGUACCGCGAGAGGCAGGUGGUGAGCCAGCUGACAGACAAGUAUGUCUUCAUCACGGGCUGCGACUCGGGCUUUGGGAACCUGCUGGCCAGGCAGCUGGACAUGAGGGGCCUGAGGGUGCUGGCCGCAUGUCUGACAGAGAAGGGGGCUGAACAGCUGAGGCGGCAGACAUCGGACAGGGUGGAGACGGUAAUCCUGGAUGUCACACAGACGGAGAGCAUCACUGCGGCUGCCCAGUGGGUGAAGGAGCACGUGGGGGACAGAGGGCUCUGGGGCCUGGUGAACAAUGCUGGCAUCUCUGUGCCCUCGGCCCCCAACGAGUGGCUAGUCAAACAGGACUUUGUGAACAUGCUCAACGUGAACCUUCUGGGGCUGAUCGAGGUGACUCUGAACCUGCUUCCCUUGGUGAGGAAGGCCCGGGGCCGCGUGGUCAACGUCUCCAGUGUCAUGGGCCGCUUGUCCCUGUUUGGUGGAGCCUACAGCAUCUCCAAGUAUGGCGUGGAGGCCUUCUCAGAUGCGCUCAGGAGGGAACUGUCCUACUUUGGGGUGAAGGUUGCCAUCAUCGAACCCGGCUACUUCAAGACCAAGGUGACCAGUAGUGAGAUAUUCAUGCGGAGCUUUGGAGAACUAUGGGACCGGGCCAGCUCAGAGGUCAAAGACUUGUAUGGCAAGAAGUUUCUGGAAACCUAUAUAAAAUCAACUAAAUCCAUGGAACAAAAGUGCACAGAGGACCUAUCCCUGGUGACAGACUGCAUGGAGCACGCACUGACCUCACACCACCCCCGCACCCGCUACUCCCCUGGCUGGGACGCCAAACUCUUAUACCUGCCGUUGAGCUACAUGCCCACCUGUUUGGUGGACACUUUGGUCUACUGGCUUUAUCCAAGGCCAGCGCAAGCCUUGUGAAACCAUAACCAGGAUACAGAGCUGGAUACUGUGUAAGUGAGGGGGUCUCUCAGGGGAAGAAAGUGGACAGGGGUGCUGUCCUGCCACCAGGGCUUGCCUCAUCCUCACCUUUACCCUCUUCUCUGGAGCUGUUAGGAAGAAAGUCCUGAGAACUUGGCUGUAGAACAGAGAGUUCCAUCGACCUGGGCAGCAGCUGAAGUCUCACAGUCAACAGCAAAGAACCCAUACAUCCAGAGGCUUCAGUAGGCUCCACCCACAUCUGUUCUGCAUCCUACCCACCUGAUCAGGGUGUACCUUGGCCCUGGCCAAUCUGUACCUUCCAACAGGAUAGAAAUUGCAUAUCAGGCUGGGUUUAGGACCCAGACACCAAUUUCUUAUUUAUCAGAAUCAUGCUUGCUUGUUUGUAAAAAUUGUAAGACUCACAUAUGCCAAUGAUUUUAGCCUUGACCUGGGGAGACAUGGGGUUGUGGGUCAUCA